AUGAAGCCUUCCACCGUCGCCGCCAUCCUUUGUUCGGCCACUGCCGUUUCUGCCUCGCCCGUCGAGAAGCGUGCCGUUGGAGGUGUCCUGCUCUGCACGGGAGCCAAUUCCACGGGCACAUGCAAGUACCGUGUGUACGAGCUCGACAAGUGCCAGCAGCUCUGGAAGCCGUUCUACCAAAACACCAACACCUUUGCCGUCGACGGGGAAAACUUCCACUGCUACCCCACGCUGGCCAACUGCACCAGCAUUUGCACGAGCCCGACUGGCUGCACGUUCGGCGCCGUCGACUACAACUACGAGCACAAGUACAACCUGAGCGCCAUCGGUUGGGACAAGUACAUUACCAGUUUCCGGUGCUCCAUGAAGUGA